AUGGCCACCAAGAUGCCUCCGGGCACUAUUCGAUUGACGGGCCCGGACAAGAAGAUUAUCCUGCACCCAAAACCGACAGACGACUACGAUGAUCCCCUGAGCCAGAACUGGUCGGCCCGUCGCAAAGCGCUGCACUUUGGCAUCGUCAUCUGGUACACGUCGAUGACGUUUGUCCUCAUCGAGGAGGCGCACGUCACCUACACGGGUCUCCAGCUGGACCUGGGCGUGAGCGACGACGACAUCGCGCUCGAGCGCUCCCUCAGCUUCAUCGGCCUCGGGCUGGCGGGCAUCGUGCUCAUCCCCCUGGCCUACCGCUACGGCCGACGGCCCCUGUACCUCAUGAGCAUCCUGACCCAGACGGCGGCGGCCCUGUGGACGGCCAACGUGAGCACCAAGUCGGAGUACUUCAUCAGCAGCGUCGUCACGGGGGCCGCCGCGUCCGUCAGCCAGACGCUGGUGCCCAUGACGGUGGCGGACCUCUUCUUCGUGCACCAGUUCGCCACCAUGAACGGCCUGUUCCUGUUCGCCCAGGGCGCCGGCGCCUUCCUGGGCCCCGUGGCCGUCGGCUUCCUCGUCGACGCGCAGGGCUGGCGCGCCGCCGUGCGCUGGACCGCCGCCGCCCUCGCCUUCACCUUUGUCCUGAUGCUCCUGCUGCUCGAGGAGUCGACCUACGUGCCCUCGCCGCCGGGCAAGGACGCCGAGGGGCCCGCGGGGGACGUGCUCGAGCGCGAGGACGAGUUCUUCAACCGGCCCGUCUCGUGGGCGAGCACCGCGGACCCCGUCGACCUCGUCGACGUCAACCGCACCAUGACGAUUCCCACACGGGCCGUCGUCAGGCUCCCCGCGCCCCCCAAGACGUGGAAGCAGCGGUUCGCGCUGGUGACGCAGACCAAGCGGCCCAUCGGGGUGCGCUUCACGUCCCCGUUUGUCAUUCUCGUCAGCUUCCCGGCCGUCGCGUACGCCGCCGUCACGUACGGCUCCGUCAUGGCCUGGCUGUCGGUGCACCAGCACCUCUCGGCCAUCAAGCUGCUCGAGGCGCCCUUCCGGUUCGACUCGUUUGACGUGGGGCUGUUUGGGCUGGCCCCCUUUGUUGGGCACAGCCUGGGCAGCGUCGUCGUCGCCGCCCUGAACGAUCGCUGGGUAGUCCACCUCGCGCGUAGGAACGGCGGCAUCUACCACCCCGAGAUGCGUCUGUGGCUCGCCAUCCCCGGGGCCUUGUUGACGUGUGCCGGGAUUCUGCUCUUUGGCAUUGCCCUUUCCAAGGCGGCUUCUGUGGUUCUCAUCGGCGUUGGUUCCGCUGUAUUCGGACUCGGUUUUAGUAUUUGCCUGGACGUGGCGCUGGCGUACAUUACCGACUGCUACCACAACAUGAUUGGCGAUGCCCUGGCGGGAAUUGUCUUUGUCCGGAACCUGAUUGCCGUCGUGGUGGGCGUGGCAUUGCUCCCGGCGAUCCAGAAAAUAGGCGUCCUGCAAGCCUUUAUCAUAGUUGCCGCGACGGCCGCGGCGGUGCUGCUGAUUCCCGUCCCGAUGAUGAUUUGGGGCAAGAAGGCGAGGGCCGCCACGGCCGCCAAGUACGAGCACUACUCGCUGGCUGCGAUCCCCCCCGCCUCCCUGAAGAGGAUACUGAACGAGUGGUCGUAG